AUGCGACAUAAGGAUGCUUUCUGGGUGACACUCCUACUUGUCUACUUCCAAGCCGAAACCUCGGCCAUACAACUGAAUGGCGUUCUGGGGGAAUCCGUCACUUUCCAGAUCAAUGACUCAAAACCCUUUGCAACCAUUUCCUGGUCCAAGACUGAGAAAAAGAACAGGUUCAGGGUCUUCGCCCUGGUGGCCCCUGGCAAUCCCUGUAAGAUUCUCGUCCCCAUCCAAGCCUUUAAACAGCGCAUCAGCUCCUCCAAGGACUGCCGGAAUCUGCAGCUCAGUCAUCUCAGCCAAGAGGACAUUAACAGAUACACGGCAAACAUUGUCUUAACAACCUCAGAGUCAAUUAACGAGCACUUUGACCUGAAAGUUUACAGACGGCUGCAGAGCACAGACCUGUCCAUCAAGUGCAAAAUCAGUAGAGGUCAGACAGAACUGUUCCACCUGAUGUGCUCUGUUGGGAAAUGGGGGGACCAGCUGGACCUGCAGUGGUUUGUGGCAGAGGACCUUGCCUCGCAUGUCACCCGCGAGAGUUUGCUGACCAUCAACUACACCAGCAGCAAAAUCUUCGACCAGGAGGUCAGCUGCCAGGUGGAAAACCCUGUUAGCAAGGUAUCCAGAAACAUGACGCUCAGUGAAGCGUGUCCACGACUGCUGAAGCAGCCCAGCCGAAUCCAGAAAGCCCUCUUCCUCCACCAGAGCAGCCACCUGGAUGAGAGAGGUGGGCCCAAGGAGCUGUGA